GAAUAAGCCAAGACAUCAUUUUGUGGAAUCACGUCUUUUAAUAUUUUAACACCAUCUUUCACAUUUCACAUAACAUAUUUCCACAGUGUAAUCACACAUUAAAAUAUAAUACAAAUUUUAUUUCGAUUUUAGGUGGACGGAACUGAAUUUACCAAGAGGUAAAAAAGUGAAGAAAGCAAAGAGGUUAGUACAAAAAAAAAAACAUCGUCACCCAAGCAUCAGGAAUCUUUUUAAUGAAAAUGAGUUUGUGUAAGCUGGAAAGAUGACACUAACAGUACUUUAUGGAAACAGGAAAACUGAACUGGAACAGAACAUGUUUUUCUUUCCAUAUAGACCGUCGAAGUCCUGGAUAAUUUAGAACAACAUUAGUCUUUUGUGUUUUAAAGAACCAAAAAGCUCUUUUGUUUUCACACAAGUCGCCACAAUCUCCAGCGUCGUUGUAUUAGGAUUUUAACUUUUUGGUAUACUCAGUCUGGUGCAUCUUUUCGUUCUUUUACAUUUUCUUGCAUUUGUUUCAUUUAUUUGCAACAGAUAAAUGACUGAAAGUGUUUUAAACUCGGUGUUAUGUUACAUGCUAAAGUAAUCAGAAUCAGAAAUAAAUUAAGGAAAGUUGGCAUACAGUUAUGCUGAGCAUAAAAAUGACCACUGCAGCACCGUUGUUCAGCCUGGGGUAUGAUUUUUGUCCUUUGCAUGUUUCCUGGGACAUACAAAUACAAAAUUUGAAACGUAUUCAAUUCCAAACUUCGUGUUUCUUUGGGAACCAUUUAGUUGCCGCUGUCCAUGGUUCUGAAGCAACGAUGACCAGAAUGCCUCACUCUGAUGAAUUCUGAAAUAAAUAUUCUCAGUUUGCCAGAUAAAUGCUGGAUGGAAAUAUAUACAAGGACCCUCAAACCAAGUUCUGUUUAUGACUUACCAAUAGAUGGCAUAGUGCAUAACAGUUCUGAAUUUUUAAAUUGGUUUAAAGAGUGUCUUGAUACGAAUUCUGCUUCAGACGAAUUGGAUAACGGCCAUUUAAAACAUAAAAAUAAUAAUUAAGAUAAUCCACUGCUGCAAAUUUUUUAACCUACAGCUUUCAAUGUUUUAAUUCUGUACUUUUUGCUUUUAUACAAAUAACGCCCACGAGAAAAGAGCUUUCCACAGUUCUUAUACGAAAGUGAAUUAGGGCCAUUUGGGUUUCAUAUUCUCUUAUUACAUAUACUGAUGAUUAUCAUCACCUCUUUACUAACAACCUUAAAAUAAUAAUAAUUAAUUAAUAAUGAUAAUAAAGAUAAUAAUAAUAAUAAUUAAAAUCAAACCGUCACUUCCUUUCCUCCACAUGUCACUCUGCAGAGCGUUUUCUGUAAUGUGUGUAAGGCUAUAAACAGCCUUUGAAAUAAAUAAAUACAAAAAUAAACAGAUUUAGGCAAAACAACAUUUUUUAUUCUUAAAAUACCCAUAUAAAAUGUAUGAAAAUAGAAUCUUCACAUUUUCGUGAUUUCCGUUUUUAAAACGCUAACCUUUAGCCCUGUAUUAGGCAUUGUGAAUACUUUUUUGUCUUGCAGUUAUGUUUAAUUUCAUGGUACUGUAUUGUAUUGUCAUUGUACUGUAUCUGGUCAUCUAUUUUCCUACGUGGGUUUAAUUCUGUAAUGACUAGAGACGCCACUCGUUUUCCUACAGUUUUGAGCACUAGAGGGAGCCUGGACCACAACAAAUAUGGGUUUUGCCGAUAUUCUCUGUCUGCCAAAGUCCGCAAUUUCGUGUCCACCAGAACCUUUUAAAUUUCUCCCUCUUUUACUUUGUUGCACAUCUUUUUUUUGGUUGCACAAUAUAAUUGCUUGUAAUAUGCUAUAAAUGAAAUAUUUUAGCAUAACUCAUUUAAGCAUAAUAACGAAUUUUACCAUAUACUGUUUGCAUGUAAAACCCACGUGCCAGUGUUUUAACAAAAUCUUGUCAUAUUCUUUUAUAAAUAAUUAAUAAUUCGUUUAAAUACUGUACGGGCAUGUGAUGCUAAUGAAAUGUAUAGGGAAUGAGAAUCGGCUAAGCACCCGUGUUUUUAAAUCAUAUUUCGCAAUCCAUGAAUAAGAAACUAAACGAAAGCUUUAGCUCUACAGAUAAACGACUGACGUCCAUCUUUCAUCAUCAAUUCGCAUCACAUCAUAAUAUUACCAAAUAUUACAGUAGACCUAAUACACAGACUCAGAUGAACCUUCCUGUCGAAUAUUUUUUUUGUUACACUUAUACAAAUAACAACGACAAGUAAUAUUUAAAAUGUAUAUAUUUUUUGUCUUUUAUGCUUGAUUAAAAGCAACAACAACAUUUAUUUGUCUAAAUGUCUAAGGACAUGUGAACAGCUCUUACAGGUUAUCUGGUUUUCUCAUCCUUCACCCUCUCUCCUCUUUUCCAAUGUUUAACAUACUCACACAUCCUUGCUUUUCCAGUACUCACGUUUAUAAUUUCGCCCACGGAGAUGUAAUCCCUUUGAUUAUAUUUAAUACCUGCCAAACCCCAGAUGGCAUGCCCACCCAUCGCUCUGUGUGAUAAUGCCACAUUGUGAAAUCUAGCCAUUAAUAUUAAUUUUCAGUCUGCGAAUGUGUCUGAACUGCUGAAGCUUAAAAUUCCUUAAAAAAGGCCAGGCUUGACUUACCAGGGAUUUUAAGACCAUUCCAUGUCAUUUCGCCUUUCGCCGUCCUUUGAGGUAAAACUGAUAUUCAGUGGGAUAUGUAGACUUCAAAGUCAUCCAUAAUCGAAACGACAAGGCCCAUAUAGAUUUUCAUUAUACGGUCUGUAUGUUUUCUGUCAAAUUACAGGCAAAUUCGUCUUUGCAAAAUUGGUCAAAGUGAAUUAAUGAUGCCUCCUAUGAAGUUUCUCGGUCCUUUCUCUUUAGUGUUCUUUGUAUAGGCCUAUUGUAAGUAAUUUGGCCAGUUUAGACAGAAUAGCCUAAUUUCGUUACAAAUCAUCACGUUAGUGACUUUUUGCAUGGUUAAUUAGUCAAAAGCUGUACAAAUCCUAGAGGACUGAAUAAGAGGAUGAUAUACCACCACCGUAUCAGAAAUGUAUGACAUUUUAAUUCAGACGUAUACCAACAAGAAAAUAACGAUUUAUUUCCAACCAGGACGGUCAUUGCCUCAAAGAUAACUUUAUUUGCCUGUAAAUUAGCCUAUAGCAUAAAUCCAGUUAGGGUCAUGUGUAUUUUGCCAAAUAAUUUUUAGUUCCUUUCUAAACUACUUGCAUGUUUUUUUCACAAUGGAUUACAUUUUACUUGGCCAUUGGUUGGAUUCUUUAUUGUGCAUUCUUUAAACGUUAUCCAGAAGAAUGCAUAAAUAGUUCUCUGUUCUAAAAAUUAGUUUGUUUUAACCACCGCACCGAAUAACAGAAACAAAACCAAGAGGUGUAGCCUUUGUAUAGCCUGCAUGCGCUUUUUGAUCUAUAGACUAGUUAAGGCACUAAAUAAUUUGUCAAAAAACAAGCUUUCAUAAAUUAUCCCACAUAAUUACACGUAAUUAUGUUAGUGUAUGUUAUGGUAAAACACGAAUUUAUCGCGUUAUUGAAAAAAAACACAAUCGCAGUUUUUGAGAUCCAGCCUACUCUUUACAUUUAAGCAACGAUAAGUUAAAACACAGUCUUUCAGCAACACAUUGGGGUUUUAUUUACGAAGUGCUAAUAUUGCGCAUACUAUAAAUGCCAAUACAACACCUCUUUCAAAAUGACAUCAAUGCUGGACAACAGUUGCAGAAAAACGGAUCUGCUGAUGAAUUGCCAGAGCUAGUGGGAAAAUGAGAGGAGUGAAGCAUGAACAGGGCGAUGGGCGUUGAUUUAUCGCAUAAGCCCUCGGUCAUUUCCAUAUAUUAAAAUGCGCCCAAGGGGCCAGGCAGUCAAUUUCCUUGAGCCACUACCCGUGGAAGGCAUGCACAUCACCAAAAGAAAUUUAACAGUCUACAUUUUAAACCAUCUCUCUGACAGAUGGGCCAAUAUUCAUUUCUGGUUGUCUAAAUAGUUAAAAUCUACAUAGCAUUUUAAUAAAAAAAGUAGAACCAGGGUUCGCAUAGUGUUGUAUAGAUUUGGUAAAGGAUGUUUCGAGGUUUUUGUGUCAUUCAAAGGGCCUCGCGCAUCGAGCCGUAACGUUAUUUUAAGCACGAGUCUGUCAUCGCGCUCUCUCUCACUCUCAUUUUCAUUUUCAACCUCUAGCUCUAUCUGUCACUUUCUCACACACAAAAAGCAUUUUUUUUCUCUAAGAAAGACCGACUGAAGCGUGCCUGACCGUGCAUUAGAAACAUGGAUAUUGCAAUACAUUUAACGUCUGGCUGAGUUAUGAUGGGAUCAGUCGCAUUAUCAUUCACAUAUUGCGCUUUUGUUUGUAAGCGGGUUUUGUUGCUGCCUGAUAGCUUCCUUCAGAAGGUGCGAGCGCUCGAUUUGCUCUGAUCAAUGUCCUGCCCUGAGGAGCAUGGACAGACUUUCAAGAAAGUCAAAAUAAAAAACGAAAAAAAUCGGUCUACAAGUCAAUGGCCCGAGGGGGCAUGGUUCGUGCCCUGUUAUCCAAAUGCUUGAAUAUCCGCAAACGUGCCCAGCGCCUGCAGUGGUCCAAAAGCACAUCCAACGAUACACACUGCCCAUUAACACAGAACUAUUUUUCUUUACAAGCGUGAGCGCUGUCAAUGUGUAGGACUUGCAACUGUAAUAAGUCGUUUAGUCAAAUAACCAAUUUCCUCACAUUUCGUCGUAACAUCAGCAUCUGAUAUAUUUACAGCUGGGAAUAUUUCACUAUUGUUUUAUAAGGGCAGGUGCUGAAUUAUCAAAGUUUUUAUUAUAGGUUAUUAUAGGUUUUUUGUCAAACGCGCAACUUUAUUUCGUCAAAGAUAUUGUUAGACGCAUGGGAAUAUUUCAAAUAACACAAUUAUGCAACGUGAAAAAUACAGCAUUUUUCUAGGAAGCUUUAAAACAGAGCAAUAUCCCCUGCAAGAUCUCUGUCCAUCACAAUGCGAGAUCGCAGAAAUACUACACUGACAGGGUUCCACACGCCUAAAAGUGCUAUAAAAUGUAGCUAGCUCAGUCAUAGCGAUUCCGUUUGUGCAUUAAGACAUCUACGUUACAUUAACAUUAAACCAAAGGCUUUAAAAGCACUACAUUUGAGAUCGAUGCGUUUUCAUUAUAUGUACUUAUUGACAGUAAUAACAAGAGAAGCAUAAGCGUUUAGUUUUGCAUACGGUCGAAUCCUUUGACAUUCCCAGAUUACGCAAAAUUGACCUUUUGCCCAGUGAAAACUGACUCGCAAGCGUAAAGAGUUGACACCUCGCGCUGAAAAACGCGAACCAACACAUCGAUCAGUCUUGGUCCAGAAAUAAAGAUGUCAGCUUAGCCUGUAAAACAUUUUCACUCACUCACGGGUCACGUAUUAACUCCAGUAUUCGACUUCAGUUCCGAUCGGUUUCUUAAGGGUUCCCCCUAUGAAUUGCGCCUUUCCCUGCAGACUGUCACUUCUUCACGCAGCCUCUGCUUUGAGUCUCUGGAGCAGUCGCUUAGUAUAGUCGUACUUCAACUAGUUUGCAGGGGUGUCUCUCUCUCUUCCUCCCACCUCAUGCCAGGAACUACGCUUGUCAUCGGGUUUUGUUAUACGCUUGAUGUCUCUUUAGGUGUCGUAAUUUAGAAUGCAUCGGUGCUGUUUACAGCAGCAUCUUUAUAUUUCUAAAUCCACGCGGUGGUUUACAGGCACCCCCUCCUCCCCCAGUCGCUAUUCUCUAUAAUCUGAACACAUCUGAAACUUAUUACCCCGUCCCCUUUCUAGUGGGCUGCUCCCACAAUCUAUUCGUCAGUGUGGUGUUAUAUUUUUAAAAUUACACUCUUGUAGUAUUUAAGUCCCACCUACAUCACUCGUAAAUAGUGUGAGCUAGUAUCCUGUUUUCUAUGAUGUCCCUCAGGCACUGUUUGUUAGUUUCUUUGGGCUUCUGGAGGAAUGUGCCAUCGCGCGCCCUUCUGAUCAGCGCACGCGGCGGUUGAACCCACAUGCCCUAGCGCGGAACCUGUCUGUCCUGUUCAUGCAACCCGAUCGUCUCUCGCUUACAAUCAGCCUUUGCACAGCGUGUAGUACCUCUGACUGUUUGACCAGGACUUGAAUGACUGUGUUUCAACCACUGUGUCUUCUCCAGAAGUCCCGAUCAAUGUCCACUACGAAACCUUAUAUGUGAGGUUCCUCUACCCCUCCCUUUGUAUGUAGCAUGUCCAGCCCCCUUGAAUCUUCUGUCCAUUGGCUUUUCGUGGUCUGCUUUCCUACGUCCACCCCCAGCACACACGCCGCACCGCACAUUGCUUUCAUUAAACAUCUCUCUCUCUCUCUCCCUCCCUCUCCCUCUCUCUCUCUCCCUUCUCUCUCUCUCGCCUCUUGUCCGGCCCCCUGAUCUUUCUGUCCAUUGGCUUCUUCGGGUCUAUUUUUCAUGUCCAGCCCCUAAUGAGUGUCCAUUGGUUUUGUUAUUUCCACUCCCUCCUCCCACUCCACGGCUUUGCCCUGCCCAUGUUCUGUAUGUCUGUGUCCAUCCAUCUCCUGACGUUCAAGUUCGCAGGGACGUCACGUCCGCACUUGAACUUGCAGCUCAGGGGGGCUUUUGCCAUUUUUUCAUCUCUCUCUCUCUUUUCAAAAAAGCCAUGACGGCUAUCCCACAAUCCAUCUUCCCUGCGCCAUCUUUGUAUUAUUUCUAAUUUAUUUUGGAUGUCAAAGGCAUUGAUGAAGAUAUUUUCUCUGGAGUCUCCCUUCUAACCCGGCUCUCCCGAUGUGAACCGAGCUGAAAGCCACCACCAACCACCAUGUCUCGCCGCAAGCAAGGCAAACCCCAGCACUUAAGCAAGCGGGAUUUUUCGCCCGAGCCCCUCUCAGCCGUGGUCUCGGAGGACAGACAGGAACAGCGCGGGCUGGUACAGGUAGCUCCGGAGGGAGACCAGGAUCUGCUCACCUGUGGCCAGUGUCAGAUGAACUUCCCUUUGGGAGACAUCCUUAUUUUCAUUGAGCACAAAAGGAAGCAGUGCAAUGGCACUUUGUGCAUGGACAAAGCGGUGGAUAAGCCCCCCUCGCCCUCGCAUGGCGAGCUGAGGAGAGCCUCCAACCCUGUGGAGGUGGGCAUCCAGGUCACGCCAGAGGACGAUGACUGCUUAUCGACGUCUUCUCGAGGAAUCUGCCCGAAACAGGAAAACAAUACAGGUAAAGAUGAGCCCAGCAGCUACACGUGCACAACCUGUAAGCAACCGUUCAGCAGUGCCUGGUUCCUGCUGCAACACGCCCAGAACACUCAUGGCUUCCGCAUCUACCUUGAGAGCGAGCGCGGAAGUCCACUCACGCCCCGCAUCGGAGCCCCUUCGGGAAUGAGUGCAGAUUGCUCAUCUCAGCCCCCCCUGCAUGGCAUCCAUCUCCCCGAAGUAAACCCAUUCAACCUGCUGCGGAUACCCAACUCCGCACGUGAUGGACCUCCUCUCCGGGAGGGGCGUUUUCCCCCAACGCCACCUCUCUUUAGCCCUCCGCCUCGCCAUCACUUAGACCCUCAUCGCAUGGAUCACCUGAGCCCGGAGGACCUGGCCUUGGCCACCCACCACCCGAGUGCCUUUGACAGGGUGCUGCGCCUCAACCCCAUGCCCCUGGAUCCCCCAGCCAUGGACUUCUCUCGUAGGCUGAGGGAACUAGCUGGGAACACCUCAGGGUCAACUCCUCCCCUCUCACCCAAUCGACCCAGCCCUAUGCAACGGCUACUCCAACCAUUCCAAUCGGGAAACAAGCCACCCUUUCUAUCCACGCCCCCCCUGACGUCCAUGCAGUCCCCUUCUGGCUCCCAAUCCACUCCGACCCCUCUCAAGCAGCAGUCCAACACACCCCUGAAGUCAAAGUCUUGUGAAUUCUGUGGGAAGACCUUCAAAUUCCAGAGUAAUCUGAUCGUGCAUCGACGCAGUCACACGGGUGAGAAACCCUACAAGUGCCACCUGUGCGACCACGCCUGUACGCAGGCCAGCAAGUUAAAACGCCACAUGAAGACACACGUGAACAAGUCAUCGCCCAUGACGGUCAAAUCCGAUGAUGGCUUGUCUACAGCCAGCUCCCCUGAGCCAGGAACCAGCGACAUUGUGGGCAGUGCCAGUAAUGCCCUCAAAUCAGUGGUAGCCAAAUAUAAGAGUGAAAAUGAUCGUCUGAUUCCAGAGAAUGGUGAGGAGGAGGAGGAGGAAGAGGAGGAGGAAGAGGAGGAAGAAGAGGAGGAAGAGGAAGAGGAAGAAGGAGAGGAGGAGGAGCUGGAAAGGGAUAGAAGUCGAAACAACUACCACUUUAGCCUCAACUUAGAAGCCACGAGGCACCACGAGAACAACGGCGGGCGCGAGGGCGACAUACCACGCUCGCUGCCUGAGGUUAUGCAGGGCAUGGGCCUGGCUGCCAGCAUGCAGCACUACAGCGAAGCUUUCCAUCAACACAAGCGAGGAGCCCUAAACUCAGACAAUAAUGCACAUAGGGACAUAUGUGAUGAGGACUCAGCCCUGGCAUCAGACAGAGUGGACGAGGGCUGUGUCUCUGCUAUCAACGGUCGAGGCUCAUCCCCCAGCGAGUCUGCCUCUGUGGGUUUGUCUAAGAAGCUACUGCUGGGCAGCCCAAGCUCACUUAGUCCCUUCUCCAAACGAAUCAAGCUGGAGAAGGACUUUGACCUCUCCACCCCUACAAUCCCCAACACUGAGAACGUCUAUUCCCAGUGGUUGGCUGGCUAUGCUGCCUCUCGGCAGCUUAAAGACCCCUUUCUGAAUUUUGGGGAUUCCAGACAAUCGCCUUUCGCCUCGUCUUCAGAGCACUCCUCAGAGAACGGAAGCCUACGCUUCUCCACGCCACCAGGGGAUCUGGAUGGCUGCGUCUCGGGUCGCAGCGGGACUGGCAGUGGCGGCAGCACGCCACACCUUGGGGGUCGGCCCAGCUCGAAAGAUGGCCGACGCAGUGACACCUGCGAGUAUUGCGGCAAAAUUUUCAAAAACUGCAGCAACCUGACAGUGCACCGACGCAGCCACACGGGCGAAAGGCCUUAUAAGUGUGAUCUCUGCAAUUAUGCCUGUGCCCAGAGCAGCAAGCUAACACGGCACAUGAAAACGCAUGGGCAAGUGGGCAAGGACGUUUACAAAUGUGAAAUCUGUAAGAUGCCUUUUAGCGUGUACAGCACCCUCGAGAAACACAUGAAAAAAUGGCACAGUGACCGCGCAUUGAACAAUGAAAUUAAAACUGAGUAGUGGUGGAGGCUCACUUGCCUGUUAACAGCGAAUAACACCUUACCCCACCCUCAUCCUUGUAGAUUUCCCUGUUUCGCUAGUCCAGUGGUGGCUAAGACGGCGUGCUUGGCACCACCAGCACACCCUUUUCAUUUACCGUUGAAUGCAUGAUCUGUAUCGGGGCAAUACUAUUGCAUUGACGCAAACUUGGAGCCUUUCUCUUGUGCAAUAAUAAUUUACAUAUUGUGUACCUUUACUUUUUUUUCCAUUUUUGAAAAUUUGACAGCAUGCAUAUGUUUUGGCUAAUUUUAAAAAUAAAUUGUCCCUGGUUGGUUAGUUGUUUAGUAAAUGUGUUGCUGUAUUAUCGUUCAUUACUUUACAAAUGUUUAUCUUUUUUUUCUUUUUUUUCCUUUUAAGAUCUAAGAAAAAGAAAAGAAAAAACAACCAUGCUGCAUACAUUCUGUAAUACAUAUCAUGUACAGUUUUGUGUUGUAACAUGGAGGACUACAGUAUAUUGCUUAACCUUCUUUGGACGGGCUCGGUAUCGCACUUAAACUAAUCUUUCAAAAAGAUGUUCUGUCCACACAGGGUUUAAAUGUUAAUUGGCCCCUAAUAUGGCAUAAAAGUAAUGACAGCCUUUGAAUUUCUUGAGAAAGGAUCGAUAACACAUUAAGGAUUGAAUUUGUACUAUCAUUUGGUAAGACAAACAAAAAGAGUGCCUUGGAUAUCUUGAAAUUGCAUUGGUUAAUCUCUGCUGUAAUUCUGGAGUCUCAGCUAAAUAUUUGAAAAGGGUCGAUGUGAUCUUUAAAAGGUUCUUGCAUCAAGUACCUGACAGCUAAAGUCAACUACGACUUUAGAGAGACAUAGUAAUAAUGAAAAGCUAAAGGGAAUUUCUAGUUAAUCAUCAUUAGGUACCUAUGUGAAAUGUAUCCAGUUGUGGUUCAUGUCCUGUGCGUGGCACAUGCAGUGGCAUUCAGCCUUGUUUACUGUUUGAAGGUACUGUACUUAACGGUACUUGUUUUCAAUCCACAAUCAUUUGACUUUUCGGUGUUUGUUCAAGUCUUAUCUUCAGUAGCACGUUUUUUGAUGACCGAACAUCCAUUGCGAAGGAAUACCUGAGGCCAUUUAGACCGAACUAAUGCAAUGUACAUUCGAGUAUUGGUUAUUAAGAGACCAUAAAAUAUUUGCAGCUGUCAGUGAUGAUUAACUAUGAAUUGCCUACGGGUCUGAGUCAAAAUGGCAUUUCUUUAUUGUUGCCCCUGUUUGAGCUCCCUAUAAAGACGAAAUGAACCUGAAUUACUGAGCGAGAGGGAAAACCAUUAUUUUUGUUCUUUUCUUUUAUAUACGUUUCACACAUAGUGUGGUAUAUGUUGACAUUCAAGGAGACUCUUGUUGCAUUAUGACUUUAAUGACUUGUUUAGACAAUGCGUUGGGCGUUUAGAUGGCACAUGCCUCUCUGCCCCGUUUUUGACACGAUAAUUGGAGGUAUUGCGGUUGAGUAUAAAUUAAGAUUGUUUGCCUGUUGGACAACAAAGUGCACUGUUAAAGUUUCCCAGUUUACAGGUGUUCUUAAGAGGGAAAACUUCCUAAAGAAAUGAACGUGGUGUCAUUAUUUAAUGUAAAAAAAGCCAACUCGUCCUCACUCCUCACAAUGAAAAAGCCCAACACCGAUAUAAUAUCGACGUGUCAGCGCAAACAGUGCUUGACCGAAUACGGACAAUUGAAACUUGCUGCUUUCACUGCAAGAACUUUUUUUUGUACAAAUCUUUUUUUAAGUAUGAAAAUAAAACUUUUUAAAAAAGUAACAUUUCAUUAUCUUAGGGGAAACGGUAUUUAAGUUUGUUGUUUAUCUUUAUCUCUUUGUCUUGGUGGCGUUCAAGACUUAAUCACAAUAUAUAUAUAAAAUGGGAAAAAAUCUGUGAUUUUUUUUCUUUGUUUUUGUUGUUGUUGUUUCAUCUUGGCUCUUCACAGCUCUUCAGGUCAAACUUGCAUUGGGGAAAGGUUUAAGAUUAUAUAUAAAAUAUAUAAUAGAGAAACUUAAAUAUAGGAAAAUGCACAUCAUGUCAGUUCCUAUGCUAAAACACAUUUAUGGUCUACUUUCUUCUGUAUUUCUAGAAUGGUAUUUGAAUUAAAUGUUCACCUAGUGUAGGUACUACAGUAUUUAUAUUGAGGCUUGUAUUUUUAACUGUUGCUUGUUCUCUCAAAAGGUACAAUUGUACCUUUUUUGGUAGUGGAAAAAAACAACAAGCUGCCACAGUAUAUUUUUUUAAUUUGGCAGGAUAAUAUAGUGCGAAUUAUUUGUAUGUUUAAAAAAAGAAAAUGGAAAAAAUCAAAUGAAAAAAUAAAAGUUUGUGGCAUUGUACAAAGGAAGCCAUUCAAUGGUUUCCCCGCUGAGUCUUUUGAGAAUGUCCACACUAGCUAAAACAGGUGGUUGUACAUAUCUUUUUCUGUUCUUCUUUUUUAAAAUCUCUGCUGCCAUUCUGUAUGCAGUACAGCAAGCUGAUGUUGGGUUGUUCUGUAGUGUGCUUCUGUCUUUUCACAUGUCUCACCUGAAUACAUUCCAGCAUCUUAAAAAAGCAAACUUCAUAUGCAGUACGAUACCAGUAAACAAACAGACAAAAAUCAUUCAAAUAAAUGAAUUCAAACGAUCAA